UUGAAUUGUAAGAGCCUUUUUGUAGGAGGCAGAGAGUGAUAAAAUGGGUUCCCUUGCCUUUGUUGCCUUUGCUCUUUUAGGCCUUCUUGGUGCUUCCCAUGCUCAGCUUAAACUUGGGUUCUACGAUCAUGUCUGCCCACAAGCCGAGCGCAUCGUUAAGGGGAUUGUGGAGGAAUACGUAAAGCAUGUGCCUUCUCUGGCACCUGCACUAAUUAGACUGCAUUUCCAUGAUUGUUUUGUAAGGGGUUGUGAUGCAUCUCUGUUGCUCAACUCCACCAAGAACAACAUAGCCGAGAAGGAUGUGGCACCAAGCUCGUCUCUGCGUGGAUUUAGCUUCAUUGAUGUCGUGAAGAGCAAGUUAGAAGAAGAAUGUCCAGAAGUGGUCUCAUGCGCAGAUAUCCUUACCUUGGCGGCAAGAGACGCAAUCGCCGCCAUAGGAGGGCCAUACUGGGAAGUUUCCACAGGCCGCAGAGAUGGAACCGUUUCAAUAGGUUCUGAAGUAUUUACCAACCUUCCUGCUCCAACUUUCAAUUUCAGUACUCUCAAGGACAGAUUUGCAAAGAAGGGUCUUAGUGCGAAGGACCUAACUGUGCUCGUAGGUGCACAUACCAUCGGCCAUAGCCACUGCAGCGUCGUCUCAAACAGGCUGUACAACUUCACUGGAAAAGGUGAUCAAGACCCAUCUCUCGACAAGUUCUAUGCCGCCAACCUGAAGAAGUACAAGUGCAAGACUCCUGCAGAUAAGACCACCGUUCUGGAAAUGGAUCCCGGGAGCUACCGAACCUUUGACAAUCAUUACUACGUAAAUGUGGCGAAGAGAAGGGGUCUAUUCUCGUCCGAUGCCUCCCUGAUUACGGAUAGCUUCUCAAAGUCGUAUGUUCAUGGAAUAGUUAGUGGUUCGAUAGAUUUCUUGAAGGAGUUUGCUUUGUCCGCAGUGAAGUUGUCUCUGGUCGACGUCAAGACCGGAAAUGAAGGUGAAAUAAGGAAGGUCUGCAGCGUCGUCAACAACUAAGAAGCUGACCACAUGCCCUAUAGCUCGGCGUGAAGUCAUUAUGAUAUUUUGUUUCAAGUUUCACCGAACGUCCUACCUUGUGAUGUCUUCUGAAUGAUUUCGCUUUCUUUCGUUUUAUUUCGACCUAUGAAAAUAAGAUCCUGCCUGUGAAAUUAAGGUCCCACCAUUACAAGAAUAUCCGUUGGUUGAUAUUGUGACUAGGCUAGCAGCCACGGAUGUGCUCAACAAG